GACUUGCUCAGGUAUUUUGAUCUGAUUCUUACGAGAACUUGAAUCUUCCACGUAGUUUAUUCGAUCGAUCGGUUCAAUUUUUCACGGAAUUGUUUAGUGACUUGUGAUCGUGUCGGUUUCGGUAGACGAGAUCGAAGUGGGUGAUUUGUGAGCAACAACAUGAUGAAUCGGCUAUUCGGGAAACCCAAACAAGAGUCUAAUGCUCUCCAAACUCUAGACAAGCUUAACGAGACGCUUGAGAUGCUAGAGAAAAAGGAGAAAGUACUCUUGAAGAAAGCUGGUCAAGAGGUUGACAAGGCAAAAGAAUACACCCGGGCAAAGAACAAACGAGCGGCUAUACAGUGUUUGAAAAGGAAGAGGUUAUAUGAGCAACAAGUUGAACAGCUUGGGAAUUUCCAGCUCCGUAUACAUGACCAAAUGAUUAUGUUAGAAGGCGCGAAAGCAACAACCGAAACUGUUGAUGCAUUAAGGAGUGGAGCUUCUGCUAUGAAAGCAAUGCAGAAAGCAACAAAUAUUGAUGAUGUGGACAAGACCAUGGACGAGAUCAAUGAGCAGACCGAGAACAUGAAACAGAUCCAAGAAGCAUUGGCGACUCCAAUCGGGGCAGCGGCUGACUUCGAUGAGGAUGAUCUUGAAAAAGAGCUUGAAGAUUUAGAAAGUGAAGAGCUUGAAAAUCAACUUCUACAGCCGGCAACAACCGCUCCAUUGCCUUCAGUUCCCGUGCCUGCAGGGCGUCAACCCGCCCGUCCUGUUCCCCAGAAGCGGACUGCUGAGGAAGAAGAACUCGCUGCAUUACAGGCUGAGAUGGCCCUCUAAGGUUAUUUACCUCUCCGAGCAGAGACAUGUAUGCAUUGAUAAACAAGAACAGACGAUGUAUAUAAGGAUCUGAAUCAGAUUAAAUCAGAGCAACUUUU